CCUCUAUAGAAGGCGGUGUGUGGGCGGAGUUUAAUAUUAUUCUCCGCGCAGUGUAUCCGCUGCCAUCCGUCAAAAAUGGUGAACUUCACGGUGGACCAGAUUCGUGCCAUCAUGGACAAAAAGUCCAACAUCCGUAAUAUGUCUGUGAUUGCACAUGUGGACCAUGGGAAGUCAACGCUGACUGACUCUUUGGUGUCCAAGGCCGGUAUCAUCGCCUCAGCCCGUGCAGGAGAGACACGCUUCACUGACACUAGAAAGGAUGAGCAGGAGCGCUGCAUCACCAUAAAGUCAACGGCUAUUUCCAUGUACUAUGAACUGAGUGACAACGAUCUGGCCUUCAUCAAACAGUCCAAGGACGGCUCUGGGUUCUUGAUCAACUUAAUUGACUCCCCUGGCCAUGUUGACUUCUCCUCAGAGGUCACAGCUGCUCUUCGUGUCACUGAUGGUGCUCUGGUUGUUGUGGACUGUGUGUCAGGUGUGUGUGUGCAGACCGAAACAGUGUUGAGGCAGGCUAUUGCAGAGAGGAUCAAGCCUGUCCUGAUGAUGAACAAGAUGGACCGUGCCCUGUUGGAGCUGCAGCUGGAGCCAGAGGAGCUGUACCAGACCUUCCAGCGCAUUGUAGAGAAUGUCAAUGUCAUCAUCUCCACCUAUGGAGAGGGUGAGAGUGGGCCCAUGGGCAAUAUAAUGAUUGACCCUGUUGUGGGUACUGUGGGAUUUGGCUCUGGACUUCAUGGAUGGGCCUUCACCCUGAAGCAGUUUGCUGAGAUGUACGUAGCUAAGUUUGCAGCAAAAGGUGAGGGUCAGCUGGGACCAGCGGAACGCUGCAAGAAGGUGGAGGACAUGAUGAAGAAACUUUGGGGUGACCGAUAUUUUGACCCUGCUUCUGGAAAAUUCAGCAAAACUGCAACUGGACCUGAUGGCAAGAAGCUCCCACGUACCUUUGCCCAGCUCAUUUUAGACCCUAUAUUUAAGGUAUUUGAUGCCAUCAUGAACUUUAAAAAGGAGGAAACAGCCAAGAUGAUUGAGAAGCUGAAUAUCAAGUUGGAUUCUGAAGACAAAGACAAGGAGGGCAAGUCCCUACUGAAGGCGGUCAUGCGUCGCUGGCUGCCUGCGGGUGAUGCCCUGCUUCAGAUGAUCACCAUCCACCUGUCAUCUCCUGUCACAGCCCAGAAGUACCGUUGUGAGCUGCUCUAUGAGGGACCUGGUGAUGACGAAGCUGCUAUGGGUAUCAAGAACUGUGACCCCAAAGCCCCCCUGAUGAUGUACAUCUCCAAGAUGGUGCCAACCAGUGACAAAGGCCGUUUUUAUGCUUUUGGUCGUGUUUUCUCUGGUUGUGUAUCUACUGGCCUCAAGGUACGCAUCAUGGGACCAAAUUACACCCCUGGCAAAAAAGAGGACCUCUACCUCAAACCUAUCCAGAGAACGAUUCUGAUGAUGGGGCGCUAUGUGGAGCCCAUUGAGGAUGUGCCGUGUGGGAACAUUGUAGGUUUGGUUGGCGUGGACCAGUUCCUGAUAAAGACUGGGACCAUUACCACUUACGAGCAUGCACACAACAUGAGGGUGAUGAAGUUCAGUGUCAGCCCUGUGGUGAGAGUGGCUGUUGAGGCCAAGAACCCAGCAGACUUGCCCAAACUGGUGGAGGGCCUGAAGCGUUUGGCAAAGUCAGACCCCAUGGUGCAAUGUAUCAUUGAAGAGUCUGGCGAGCAUAUCAUUGCUGGAGCAGGAGAACUGCAUUUGGAAAUCUGCCUCAAGGACCUGGAAGAUGAUCAUGCAUGCAUUCCAAUCAAGAAGUCAGAUCCUGUGGUAUCAUACAGGGAGACCGUGAGCGAGGAGUCUGAUCAGAUGUGCUUGUCCAAGUCUCCAAACAAGCACAACCGACUAUACAUGCGCGCGCGUCCCUUCCCUGAUGGCCUAGCUGAGGACAUCGACAAGGGAGAAGUCGCCGCCAGACAGGAACUGAAGGCUCGUGCCCGCUACUUGGCGGAUAAAUAUGAGUGGGAGGUGACAGAGGCCCGCAAGAUCUGGUGCUUUGGGCCUGAUGGAACAGGCCCUAACAUACUGGUGGAUGUUACUAAAGGGGUGCAGUACCUAAAUGAGAUCAAAGACAGCGUGGUUGCUGGGUUUCAGUGGGCUACGAAGGAGGGGGCUCUGUGCGAGGAGAACAUGCGUGCAGUUCGUUUUGACAUCCAUGAUGUGACCUUGCAUGCAGACGCCAUCCAUCGUGGAGGCGGUCAGAUCAUACCAACUGCCCGUAGAGUGCUCUAUGCUUGUCAACUCACUGCCCAACCGAGACUCAUGGAACCUGUUUACUUGGUUGAGAUCCAGUGCCCAGAGCAGGUUGUGGGAGGUAUCUACGGUGUGCUGAACAGGAAGCGUGGCCACGUGUUUGAGGAGUCCCAAGUAAUGGGAACCCCCAUGUUUGUUGUCAAAGCUUACCUGCCUGUCAAUGAAUCAUUUGGCUUCACUGCUGACCUGCGUUCAAACACUGGUGGCCAAGCUUUCCCCCAGUGCAUGUUUGACCACUGGCAAAUCCUCCAAGGUGAUCCCAAAGACCCUAAUUCAAAGCCUGCCCAGAUAGUUGCAGAGACACGUAAGCGCAAGGGGCUGAAGGAGGGAAUCCCAUCAUUGGACAACUUCCUGGACAAACUGUAAACAAUAUUCCUUUCCACCCUCUUCACAUUGGCAGUGAGAGGACAGGGCAGUAUAGAACACCUUGAGCACUUGUAACGCUUGCCAAAAUGAGUCAGAAGAAGCAAAUCAAUUAUGAAACUAUUAGGAAAGUUGUGAAUGGCAAUCUCAAAGACUUUUUGCACUCUUUUUAGUAUGUUUUGGCUCUGUUUAAGUGAAAAGGGUUAUGUACAGUGGUAUGCAGAGCUUUUUCCUCAUUGCAUGUCAUGGAGUUUCAAGGUGUGCACUGCUACGCAAACACCUUUGGUUGUAAACCACAACUUAAGUACAAGAUGGGUACAUAAGAAAUGCACUACUUGCAGGUGAGGGGGCAUAGUCAUUACUGCAGUGGUUAAGGUUGGCCUUUUCCUGUGUCUUGGAAGUUUUCGUUAAUAGCUGAGGUUGGUAGUGCAUGCCACUUAAAUGUAGGGAAAAGGUGCCAGAAGACUGUACUGUUAAUUUUGGAUUUUAAUCUCCUAUUCAAAGUAUUAGGAUGACUGUUUGCUGCACAUUGAUUGUAAUACAAAAA